AUGGUGAACGUGCCAAAGACGAAGAAGACGUACUGCGGCGGCAAGUGCAAGAAGCACACCACCCACAAGGUUACCCAGUACAAGAAGGGCAAGGAUAGCGUCUACGCGCAAGGAAAGAGGCGUUACGACAGGAAGCAGAGCGGCUAUGGUGGACAGACCAAGCCCGUCUUCCACAAGAAGGCCAAGACGACGAAGAAGAUUGUGCUGAGGCUGCAGUGCCAGUCGUGCAAGCACAUGCACCAGACGCCCAUCAAGCGUUGCAAGCACUUCGAGAUUGGUGGAGACAAGAAGGGCAAGUCCACCUCCCUGUUCUAA